CCAACCAUUUCAUCAAGCACAACUGCAUCAACUGCAACACCAUCUACGACCACUACAACAUCUACAGCAGCACCAACCACUUCAUCAAGCACAACUGCAUCAACUGCAACACCAUCUACGACCACUACAACAUCCCAGCAACAACCCAGUACAACAACGAAGACAACUGUGCCAUCCACAACACCGAGCACUAGCACAUCUACUUCAGCCAUGGUGAUGGCCACAACAAUGACAACCACAACCUUGCCUAUCACUGAAACUAGCAGAACUACAUCCAGUACAACUAUCAUGAGGCCCACAUCUAUAACACCAACUACAACAACAACAACAUCCACAACUGCACCUGCCACUAUAUCAAGUACAACUGCAUCAACAACAACCAGCAUCAAACCAACAACUUUGACACUAGUUACAUUAAUGACGACAUCCACAAUUGCAUCAACCACUACAAUUACACCUGCAUCACCUACAAUCACCAUGGUACCCACAAAUGCAAUGUCAACUAUAACAACCUUGACAUCCACCACUACAGCUACUACUACAACACGAACAGCAGCAUACAUUACAACAGACAUGAAGCCCACAACUGCAGCAACUACAACAACAAUGACAUCCACAGUUGGGUCAACCACUUCAAGCAGCACAAAUACAUCUACUUCAACCAUGAUGAAACCCACAACUACAAGGACAACAUCCACAGUUGUGGCUAGCACUGCAACAAGAACAACAGCAACCACUACAACCACCAUGAAGCCAAAAACGGGGAGAACAACUACAACAGCACCAGCAUCCACAAAAGCACUUACCUCUACAAACACAACAUCAAAGACAGCCACCAUGAAGCCCACGUCUAUAACUCCUGCUGCUACAGGCCAGGUGCUUCACACAACAGCCAGCAGAAUGACAGCAGCAAUGCUACCCAACCCAACCACCAUCAUUACCACAACUGCAACCACUGUGGGAUCGGCACUGCUUUAUAUUCAGCUGGAACUGACAACUAAAGGACCAGUCCCCAGUGCCCAAGACAUUCUGAAAGCAGUGAAAACUCUCCCAGAUCCAUUGCUACUAUCCAAUAUGACCACCUUGACCCAGCCUGAGAAAAUCCAGGAAAUCAAUGUGCAAAAUACAUCCAGCAAUUCCUUUGCCAUCAAGCUCGGAUUCCUGAUCCGCAAUAUAACCUUACCAAAGGAUGCUCAACUCAGGAAUAAGACUCAUGGCCUGACUCAGGACUGUGUCAAUAAAUUGCUCAACAUGAUACUAAGAGAUCCAUCAGCACUGCCUGUGGUCUUCCCUCUAGCAAACUUCACGGAUACAACCAACGAGACAAUUGCUCGUAUUGACUACAAAGUGCAGGAGGGAAAUAUUGAUAAACCAAGCCCUUUCCUUUCUGACAUCCUGAAACUCUGUGGUCCUUCAAUAACUAACAGCACGAUGGCAACAGCUCUACUCAGCCAACCCCCCACUACGACCAGUGUUACGACAGCUACAACCACUUUGGGAUCUGCACUGAUCUCCAUUCGGCUGGUUUUCAUAACGUCAACGUUAGCCCCCAGUCAGAGCGACAUUCUCAGUAUCGUUGAUAAAUUUCUGUCACCACAACUGAAGUUUGCUUCUAAAAGUCCGCGUGACCCCGUCAGCAUCCAGAAUGCAGUGUUUGAACGUGAGCUC